AUGGAGAAGAUCAUAUUUCCAAAAUGUACCAAUCCGAUCCCUUUUGUUGCUUUGAUGUCCUUCGUUCUAUGCUCAAUAUUGCUCUUCCUUGAUUACACUGCCUUGUUUGAAACAAGAAGAAACGAAGCCACUUCCAUCACCGAUGACUAUGCAAAUUCAUCACAACCCAUUUCUCUAAACGCCUCCAUUGAUCCAAAACCAGAAGAAACCAUUGUCGAAGCUCAGAUCAUCAAAGAACCAGAAGAAGCCAUUGUCAAAACUGAUAUCAGUUCUUCCUCCAUUUCGCCACCAGCCAAAAGAUCAAGAAAAAAAGCUGCUCGUCACAAAGAAAGAUCCAGCAAAACCAAAACCAAAACCAAAACCAAAUCAAAAAAACCCCGAUUCAAAACGGAGGAUUCCUCAUGCAAAGGGAGAUACAUUUACAUUCAUAAUCUUCCCAAGAAAUUCAAUGAAGGUUUGGCUAAAAGCUGCAAAUUACCUCAUAUGAAAUGGUCAGAAAUCUGCAGAUUCGUGUGGGAAAACAGGGGAUUAGGCCCAAAAGUUGAAAAUUCCAAACGAGUAUUAACCAAUAAAGGAUGGCAUUUCACGAACCAAUUCGCAUUGGAAGUGAUUUUCCAUAAUAGAAUGAAGCAAUACAAAUGCUUAACCAAGGAUUCCUCUAAAGCCUCAGCAAUUUUUGUGCCGUUCUAUGCAGGGCUUGACGUUGGACCUUACCUUUGGGGAUUCAAUGCCUCAGUAAGAGACGAAGGGUCAAUUGAAUUGGCGAAAUGGGUAUCACAAAGAACAGAGUGGAAAGCCAUGUGGGGUAGAGACCAUUUCUUGAUUGGAGGAAGAAUCACUUGGGAUUUCAGAAGGGACAAUGAAGAGGAAUCAGAUUGGGGCUCAAAGCUCAUGCUUUUACCAGAAACCAAGAACAUGACGAUGCUGACAAUCGAAACAGGGUAUUGGAACAAUGAUUUCGCAAUCCCAUAUCCCACUGACUUCCACCCUUCAAGCGACUCACAAAUCACAGAAUGGAAGAAGAAGGUGAAAAAUCAGAGGAGGCCCUUCCUUUUCGCGUUCAUAGGAGGGCCAAGGCCAUCACAAGAAACCUCCAUUAGAGGGGAGCUGAUAAACCAGUGCAAGGCCUCAAAAAGCUGCUCGUUUUUGGCCUGCAUCCCUGGGGAGAAGAAAUGCGGUGACCCAGUGGCAGUGAUGGGCACGUUUAUGAGCUCUGUUUUUUGCUUGCAGCCACCAGGGGACUCAUUCACGAGAAGAUCGACCUUUGAUGCCAUUAUAGCUGGCUGUAUUCCUGUUUUCUUCCACUCUGGAACGGCGUAUGCUCAGUACAUUUGGCACUUUCCAAAGGAUCACAAGAAGUACUCUGUUUUCAUACCGAUGGUUAAAGGGAAAGAGGUGAAUGUUAGUAAGGUUCUGGAGGGAAUCUCUGGUAAAGAAAUUGUGGGUAUGAGAAACCAGUUGAUAGGAAUGAUGCCUGGUGUGAUUUAUGCAGACCCCAGAUCGAGAUUAGAGGGUUUUGAGGAUGCUUUUGAUAUUUCUGUUAAAGGGAUUCUUGAGAGAGUGGAGAGGGUGAGGCAGGGGAUUAAGGAGGGUAACGAUCCCAGCAUUGGUUUUGCAGAUAUGAACCCUACAAAGUUUGAAAUGCUUAGACUUACAUGAACAAUUCAAUUCCUUCCAUGGUGUUUUUCUAAAUUUGUCUUUCAUUCCUUAUCAUUUACAAUGGGUAAAUAUAAGAGUCACGAUACUCU